UACACCUAUUAUGGAUCAUGACUAAGGGUCGAUUGUUCCAACCUCUUGGUAAGCUACCUAACAGUUCAAUUAUGUAUCUAUCCCUAUCCAACUUGAAGAAAAAAACGAAAAUAGAUAUAUGGUUUAAAGCGAGAAGUUUAAUAGCUAUAAAUGAUAAUGAAGCAAUUCUUAUUGACAUAAAGGAAAAUAUAAAUAAUAAUUUACCUAGGUUACAACUGGAGAAUAUUUCAAUUGACGCAAGAAGUAUCCAUAUUAAAGUUAUAAAUUCACAAGAUUUAUUAGUAAAAAAUAUGGGAAACAUUGAUAUCAGAGAAGAUAAUAAACUACAGUCUUAUUUACAAUCAUUACAAAAGAUUAAUAUAAUUCAAGAUGUUACUGAUUCAAAUAUGUAUGAAGUACGUAAUGAUUAUUUCAAUACAACUCAUAAUUACAGUGGCGGCAUCUUGAAAACUGUGCAUAAAAGUAAUAAAAGUAAUAUUCUUCUAAAAGAUAAUAUAGAACUGCUUGAUAUAGAGCAAUUAGAACAAUAUAAUGAAAGUAAAAGUAUAAAUAGUUCAAAAAUAAAUAAUUUGUGUCCUAUAAAUUUAAAUAAUGGUAAGAAAUUAAUCUUUAAAAAUUUAAAUGCUUUAUAAUUACUUCCUAUACCUAUACAUAUAUAUAUAUAUUUCUCAAAUUUUUAUAGGUAAUAUAGAAAAUAGCGAUGAAGAAGAAACAAAUGUUGAUAAGGAUAGUGAUAUGAUAGAUUAUGAACCAAGUGAAAGUAAUUAUACUUCAGAUGAUAUAGAAAUUUCAGAGAUCUCCAAUAAUUCAAUGACAACUUCUAAACGUAAUAGUAGCAAUACUUUUUCCUUUUCUUCUGGUAAAAAUACAACAGUAAAUUCUUCUCUCGAUAUAUCUAUGAAAUUAAAUAAACCAGGGUUUU